AUGAUGAGCAGGCUAGAGCUGGGCCCCCAAACGGCACUGGCAGCACCGAGACAGCCGCGAAGGUCCCUGCGGCAGCAGGAGCAGCAGGGCCGCGCGUGGGGCGAGCCAGCUGGGAACACCCGGCCCGCCUGCUCCGGAGGAGCCCGAGGCCGCCUGCAAGACCAGACCUGCCAGCGCUGGCAGCCACCCGCCGACGGCGAGGCCGCUCUGCGCCGUGAGGAGACCAGCACCCUCGUGGAGAACUGCAGCAGCUCCAACGGCGUCAGCCAGGAGAAGCUUGGGGAUUUGAAAGACGACGUGACUGACCUACAAGUUAAUGGGAACGCUGGUCAUUACUCCCUGGAUGUAGAGGAGGUUGAAGAAGACUCCAGCGCGCAGCUUAACAUGCGUGGAGUUUUUCUGCAUGUGUUUGGCGAUGCCUUGGGCUCGGUCAUUGUGGUGGUGAAUGCCUUGCUCUUUUAUGGUUUGUGGAAUCCAUGCCCCAGAGAUGGGCCCUGCAUUAAUCCAUGUGUCAAUAAUCAUUGCAUGGAAAAUGCUACUUUAUUCCAACCACUUGGCAAAACUAACCAGACUGAGCAAGAGAGCGUUAUGGUGGCUGGCCCGUGCUGGUUGCUAUAUUUAGAUCCUGUCCUUUGUUUGAUAAUGGUUUGUAUACUCCUUUACACAACGUACCCGCUACUAAGGGAGUCAGCCCUUAUCCUUCUGCAGACUGUUCCCAAACAAAUAGAUGUUCAUUCUUUGAACUCAAAAUUACGCACCCUCGAAGGAGUUGAAGCAGUCCAUGAGUUACACAUUUGGCAACUAGCAGGCAGUAGGAUCAUUGGCACUGCUCACAUAAAAUGUCCUGACCCUUCCACGUACAUGAUGGUGGCAAAACGCAUAAAAGAGAUCUUUCAUGAUGAAGGGAUUCAUGCAACUACCAUUCAGCCCGAGUUUGCCAGUGUUGGCUCUGAAUCAGGGAGAGGGAAAUGCGAGUUACCUUGCAGGACUCAGUGUGCUUUGAAGCAAUGUUGCGGAACAGCAGAAGAUAAUACUGGAAAGAAGACAGAAAAAUCCUCGUCACUUAGUAUUUCUUGUUCGGAAGUUGUCAUUGAAUUUCCGCACAACAAAACUAGAAGGACUAAAUCAGAGAGCAUUCCUUCAGUUAGGCUGGAGGCAAACACUGAUCAGAACGAGCAGUUUGAAUCAUCUCUGUAACUCCUGGAAUGGUGCUACCUGAGUGUCGGUGACUUUGACAGCAGCUCUAUUGCAAGAGGAAGGGACAGACGUUUGAGAUGCAAUUUUGCCAAGUAGUGUAAUUGCUGAAGUCCUUGUUCUUGUCAUCUUGCUAAAUCUAGAAUGCUCGUUUUAAAGAACAUACUGUCACUGUCAUGAUACAAUGUGUUUGUGUUGACUUUGUACUGAGACAGGCAGAAAGUGCACCAUGCUGUAACAACUUCAGAAAACCAGUUUCAACAUUUCAGCUGAGACGCUUUUUGUUGUACUUCAAAUUAAAAUAUUUCUUUCCAGUGAAAAUAUAUUUGAGGGAUAAGUCUAUAGGAACUCAACAUGUGUUACAGAUUUCUUGGACCUGCUUUUUCCUUUAAUAUUUGAUUUGUAGAUAUUUUAAUAUAUUGUUUAUUUAGAAGCCCUAAAGAAACCAAAGUUUGUAGAACAUUUUUAAAGCUAUAACUACUUAAAACUGGAAACCACUUUGUCAGUUUCACAUAUUUUUUCUUACGCCUAUAUAAUAAAAAUGUGAAGGCUUUUCUAAUGAAUUUAUCAUAUAGCAUAUUUUGAAGAAAACAUCAUGUGAUUGUUAGCAACUGUCCCCCUCCUAUUAUGGUAAGGUAGUAAGGUAUUUAAAAUCAAGCUCCUAUGAAAACAGCAGCUGUGAAAAGGGUUUUUUCUAUCAAAAUGGAAGUUCAAGUUGCUGUAUUCUGCUCUGUGAUCAGGAUGUGAGGCUGGCAGAUAAACUAACACAUACUUUAAUAUUUUAUGGACUUUCUGGUGUUCUUCCUUGUAUGCAAAUUGGGUGUCUCAUCA